AUGAAAUUUGAGGAGAAAGAUGGCAUCGACUACGCCGCCGUCACCGUCCAGCUCCCCGGAGGCAAGAGGGUCCCUUUCCUCUUCACGGUGAAGCAGCUCAUUGCUUCUGGAAAACCAGAGAGCUUCAGCGGCGAGUUUUUGGUUCCCAUCUACAGAGGGUCGUCGUUCUUGGACCCAGAGGGCAGAGGCGGGUCCCAGGGUUAUGACAACGCGGUGGCGCUGCUCCUGGUGGGAGAGGGGAUGAGGAAGAGCUGGCGAAGGAGAAUGUCAAGAACGCGUCUCAUACCCGCUUCUUCUUCUUGCUGGUGUAAGCAGGGGAAUUUGGGGAGUCCCCAUCAUCGUGGUGAUCUUGCAACUGUUGCUGAUGUAGUUUCAUUGGGGAAGCGGCGGUGA